UUCGUGCAAGGUGAUUUGAGAUCCGCGUAGUAGAAUCUGUAAUACUCAAAAUAAGGAGGAUGCUGUUAGAAUACCUACAAAAUUAUAUAUUUUUUAUUUUUGUUUCGUUUAAAGCGAAGUCUGGAUUUUAAUAGGAGAUCCUAUUUUUAUCCGGUACCUGGGAAAUAGUAGAGACAUUUUUUUCUGUGGAAUAAUUUUCUUUAUUGGAUAUAUUUGGACCUCUAAUAGUGUUUUUAUAUAAUACCUAACGACGUAUUUCUCUCCUGAUGGAGGAUGAAGAAGAUCUGGACAGACUACGCUUGCUUUUUCACGCUUGUGAUGUGAAUAAUUCGGGUAGAAUUGAAAAAGAGGAGUUUUUCUUGGUUUGCUCAGAGUUACAAGUCCAGCAAUCUGAGAUUGAGGCGAUAUUUGCAAAACUAGACGUGGACAGGGACGGAUCCAUUAACUUCGAAGAGUUUACUAACGGAUUUCAGGAAGUAUCCGACCUCAUCUACUUUGUAGAGAUGGAGGGUGAAAACGGUGACUUCCGACAAGCUUGGGAAGAAUUUCAUCACAGACUUGGGGAGCAGGCGAAAUUUAUUCCAAGGUCUGAGCAAGUUGCCACCUUGUACCAGAACAUCAACCUCACAGAGCCAAGGAUGGUACCUCAGUAUGAACGGGUCAUAAUGAAUUUCAUCCGAGAAAUCAGGCUUCAGAAUUCAGAGAUGGAAAACCUAGCACUUGCAGUGAAAAGAGCUCAAGAUAAAGCUGCCAUGCAGCUGAGCGAAAUGGAAGAAGAGAUGGAUCAACGUGUUCAAGCGGCAGAGGACAAAAUUCGACAGCAAGAAAACAAAAAGGCUGAAGCUAUGCUUAAUGAACUCAAGCGCCAGUAUGAAUCUGAAGUCUAUCAACUACAGAUGAAAGUCCAGAAGAUGAAAAUGAUUGAGGAACAAUACAAAAGUAUCAAUCUGAAAGAUGAGGUGGUGGGGUUAAAAAGAAAAAUAAAUGAAGUUACACUGGAGAAUCAACAGCUGAAGAAGGAACUACUUGAAUCUCAAACUAAUAUUGCAUUCCUUCAGAGUGAGCUUGAUUCUUUGAAAAGUGAAUACACUGAUCAAAGUAUAAACUUUGAAAGGGAUGAAGCAAUAAUGAAAGGAUACUCUGAUGAAAGGGAUAAUUUAGCCCGGCAAAUUGAGAUGCUUCAGUCGGCAAACAGGAAGCUGCAUGACAGCAAUGAUGGUCUAAGAAGUGCACUGGAAAACAGUUUCACAAAAUACAACAGAAGCUUACGAGUGCACAACACCUCCCCAGGAAGUACAAUUUCUAGAUCCAGUCCAAAAUUCGGUGGGCGUCAGUCUCCUUAUUUUGACAGAUCUUCUCGCUCUUCCUACGUGGAUGAGGACUGCGAUUCCCUGGCCCUGUGCGACCCCAUGCGCCGGGUGAGCUGUGAGAUGGAGAGCCCAACUGGGAGCUACUUCGACAGCGGCCUUUCCACUCUCAGAGACUCCAACGACUAUGAUUCUGAGGCCGAGUUCAAGCUUCAAAAGAAUUUCCAUAGGUCACCAGAGAUGACAGAAAGCCUUGCAGGAGAUGCUUCUGAUACAGAUGUGCCAGAAAUCAGAGACGAGGUGGCCUGCAGUUCCAACAGUGGUUCAGUAUUAGACUGGAAACCAUCAAAUCCAGUCAGCAGGAGCAGUUCUGGGGCUUCAACUCGAAGAUGCAUCCCUGCCAUCUCCCCACAGGCAGACCAAGAUGACAGCAAUUUCAAGUACCCAAAUUCGGAAAAGGCUUACAAGAUAGUGUUGGCUGGAGAUGCAGCUGUUGGGAAGUCCAGCUUCUUGCUAAGGCUGUGCAAGAAUGAAUUCCGGGGAAACACCAGCGCUACUCUGGGUGUUGACUUUCAAAUGAAGACAUUGAUUGUUGAUGGAGAACCUACAGUCCUACAGCUCUGGGACACAGCAGGGCAGGAAAGAUUUCGAAGUAUUGCUAAAUCCUACUUCAGACGGGCAGAUGGGGUGCUGCUGCUGUAUGAUGUCACUUGUGAAAAGAGCUUUCUGAAUGUACGAGAAUGGGUGGAUACGAUUGAGGAUGUCACCCAAGGUGAUAUUCCCAUUAUGCUUGUUGGAAACAAGGCAGACUUACGUAAGCAGGCAACUGAGGAAGGAAUAAAGUGUGUUCCAACCAGCUAUGGAGAAAAACUAGCAAUGACCUACAACUCUCUGUUCUGUGAAACAAGUGCUAAAGAUGGUUCGAAUAUAAUUGAAGCAGUGCUGCAUCUAGCACGUGAGGUGACAAAACAGAAUCGUGAUGAAGAAGACCUGGAAUCUGUGACAAAUCUCUCAGGAAGUCACAACAAGAAGGCCACAAAGACAUGCUGUACAGUAUAAGAACUCAUGACAAUAAUUGUUAAAGAAAUGUAAGUCCAGUUACAUUAGAAAAAUGUAA